AUGGAGGCCGAUGGCAACAUGAAUUUGGUGGCGGAGGGUGAAAGUCUUUUGGUUGCACCACCGCCGGUACCACCUCCGCCGCGCGGACAAGAAUUCACGGCACUAAACCUCGACGUUUUGCCACGCACCAACCUUGACGAACCGGCCGGUGGAAGAAAUGGACUGCUAAUGCAAAACCAGACAAACCCGCCACCGCCGGAGAAUAAUGUCAACUACGGCAGCUUGAUGGAGGUGGAUUUUGAAGGAUCCACUAUUCCCACGCUUGAGGAAGCCCUUAGCAUUGAGAAAUGUGGUCGUGAGCUUGACCCUGAUGAGGAAAAGAAACUCAGGAGGACAAUCUCGAAUCGACUGUCAGCUCAAAGAUCAAGGAUCAAAAAGUUGAAUUACAUUGCAGAAAUGAAGAAAAGAAUGAAGGAAUUAGAGGACCAUAUGGCAUUUUUAAACCCGACACUGGAGACAUGCAAACAGAAGCAAACCGAGUUGAGGAACGAGAGGAUCGUUUUGGAACAGCAAAUAAAGAGAUGCAUGGAUCAAUCUAUUAUUUGCAAUAGGGAGAUUGAAGAGAAUAAGGCAGAAAUAGUCAGGUUGAAGGAAUUGCUUGUUCUGAAAAAUGAGCACACGAGUAUGAUGAAUGGGAGUGAAAUUGGUAUCCCAGAUUCAACCUCGGCAAUUUUUGGAGUUUAUCCGCCCGGAAGCUUCACUUUUACGGCUGAAAGUUCUACCGGUUUUAAUUCUGAGCAAAAUGGAGUAUUGUUGGACGGAAUGAACAAUAAUGUAGAUCAUGGAGCUGGGAUCGAGCAGUAUCUUAACAUGGACGCCUUGGGUCUUUCUCCGUCGACCGACGACACGAGAUGA